AUGGACGCGAGCACCGUCUUCUCAGUCGUCGCACGCAUCUCCGUGCAACUGGCACGCGUGAUUUGGUUUCCCAUCAACAAACUCAUCAAUCUCGUCGUCAUCCUAUUACUUCCAUUCUACAACGUCAUCACAUUCGUCCUGUUACCCUUCAUCCACCUCGGGCAAUCAAUCAUCAGAGUGUUAUCGAUACCAUUUAGCGUCAAGUGGUUGGAGAGGAUAGAGACACUCUAUGUCUACUUCGGAACAGCCAGUCUCAUAGGAUGCAUUACCGGCACCAUCAUCUUUGUCAUCUUCAGAUUCCUCUCAUCGACCCUCAAGAUUGACGCACCCAUCGUGCCCAAGGAGCCUGAACAGGGAAGAACAGCCGCCGAGUACAGGGCUGCGCGGCGUGUGAAGAGGGAGGAACCCAUCGACCAUUCACCGAGUGCGACGCCCGUGGUGUUGAAAAAGGUUGCUGGGCCUCGCAGGCGGGGUCUGCUCUCACAAGCCAUCAUCGAAGAAGAGGACUCCGACUUUUGA